AUGUCAGACUCUGCCAAGCCAAAGAGCUCAACCUCUGAAGCUGCAAACACAAAGCCCAAGAGAAGAACCAUCAAAAGAUGCAGCGAAAGUGACGAAGAAGGCAUUGAAGAUGAGAUCAGUGAACCCGUCAAGCCCAAGACUACUACCAGUGAAUCCAUUAAACCCAAGACUUCUACAACUAAAAAGCAAGUCACUGAAGAGCCGAUCGACAGCGAUCACGAAGACGAGGAAAACAGUGAAGAAGAUGGAGGGGAUGAAGAAGAUGAGGAAAGCAGCGAUGAAGAGCAGACUAACACCAAGACAUCCAUCAAAGCAAAUCCCCUGGCCCUCAAGAAGCAGGCCUUGAGCAAGAAGCAAGCCCUCAAAAGAGCCGCUGACAGCGAUGAUGAUGAUGUUGUUGAAGUGGCCAGUAAACCCAAAAAGUCCAAAACUCAGCCGGCUACUUCUUCGUCCAGCAAGAAACAGAAACGCACUGAUGAUAACGACUCUGACGACGACGACAUCAUUGAGCUACCUAGCAAAACCACAAAGACAAAGCCAAAGGCCCACCAAAAACAAUCUGUCAAGUCAUCGAGCUCUGCACUCACCAAGAAGCAAACCUUUAAAGCAUCUAAGGAACCUGAAGUCGUGACCGAUUCUGAAGACGAAGACUCAUCCGACGACGAAGAAGCCCUUAAUAUCACCGUCACAGAACGCCAGGGCAACCUCUUCGCCGCUCCACCAAACACACUCCUCCUCCACGCCUGCAACUGCGUCGGCAGCUGGGGUGCCGGCAUUGCCGCCGCCUUCAAAAAGCACUACCCAGACCACUUCGCCAUCUACAAAGCCCAUUGCGAAUCCAAGACCCCCAAUGCGCUUCUCAGCACUUGUCUGCUGAUCCCACCCCAAAACAGCGGACCUCAACACUGGAUCGGAUGUCUGUUCACCUCUNNAAAAAAGUACGGCAGAGGCAAAGACAGCAAAGACGAUAUCAUGGACAGCACAGACAGCGCAAUGCAAGACAUGCUCGAGCAGUUGGCAGAUAUGGAGGACAGACCAAAGUACAUCUGGAUGUGCAAGAUCAACUCGGGCUCGUUCAAGGUGCCCUGGAGUCAGACCAAGAAACUCAUCGAGUCGUUGACUUUCAAGGAUGCUCUGCAUAUUCAGAUUGUGGACAAGAAGUGA